AUGCCUGUUCCUAAGGGUACACCCACCGUUUUCUAUGCUCGCGAUAAGUCGCCAUUGGGAGAAUCCGACGAUCCUCAUGAGAGCAUCGAGAACGAUGAGCCUCUCGUGAACAUUGAAUCCGACAUCGUGGGAUACGAGAGAAACAGCGAGGAGUCUAGGACCCCUUCGCUUGACGAUGAUAUAGAGAACAUCGCGCCUGCAGAACAGUCCCCUUCGCCGGAAGAGGAGGUUCAUGUUGAGCCCCCGAAGAGAAAGGCCGGCCGUCCGCCCAAGCGCCGUCGUCGCACUGAGGCAGAGGGCGAUGUGCCUUCUCGAAGCUCACAGAGAGUCGCCUUCGUUGCUCCUUCACACAACGACGAGGAUUCCAAGCCGGCAAAGGCUCCGGCGAAGCGAGGCCCUGGACGCCCUCCCAAGAAAAAGAGAGCCGUGACUGUUCAGGUUCCGGGAGUCAGCAGUCCCACAAAGAGAAGAUCCGGUCGUGUUCCUGCUGAGACCAAGACGACUAAUGCCGAGCCUGAGAUAGAAUGGGAGGUUGAAAAUAUUCUGGAUUCCGGUGUUGAUAGGCCCACCGGCGUGCAUCUUUACUUGGUCAAAUGGAAGGGGUUCUCCAACAAGGAGAACACAUGGGAGCCCAGGGUGAACUUGAGCAAGUGCCACAAGCUUCUUCGGGAGUUUGAAAUGAAGCACUAA